GCUUUGUUCAGAACAUCAACGGAAGAAGAAUAAAUUAUUAAAUUAAAUUCGAAAAAUCAUCGUUGUACGUUUAAAUUGAUUUAAAAAUGGCAUUAUUAAGUGAUAGUUGGAAACUCGAUAUGUUUGCAUUUUUGGUUGGUGCUUUAACAUUGGCAUAUUUCUAUGUAAAAUAUGCAUACAGCUACUGGGAACGAAAAGGCUUUAAAACGCUCCCUUCGUAUAGCUAUUUAUUGGGACAUUUUAAAAGUUUGUUUUCAAUGGAAGUGUCAUUCGGAGACUGGUGCAAAAAUAUUUAUAACUCAACAAAAGAGCCAUUUAUUGGUAUUUACGGUAUUUUACGGCCAAUGUUGUUAGUUCGAGAUCCAGAACUUGUUCGUUCGAUUUUAGUAAAAGACUUCGCGAAUUUCGCUGAUCGUGGUGUUCACUCAAAUGAGGAUUAUGAUCCAUUGAGUGGCAACCUUUUUUCGAUUACCGGACAAAAAUGGAAGAAUAUGCGAAGCAAAUUGACUCCAACAUUCACAUCUGGAAAAUUAAAGGGAAUGAUAUCCACGUUAAAUGAAUGUGGCUUUAAAUUACAAAAACAUUUGGAUAAAUUAGCAGCGAAACGUGAAAUGUUGGAUGUACGUGAAGUGUCUGCAUGUCACUCAACAAAUGUGAUCGCAUCGGUGGCAUUUGGAAUUGAAAUCAAUUGUCUGGAGAAUCCAAAUAAUGAAUUUCGAGUAAAUGGUCGUAAAGCCCUUGAUCAAUCAUUUAUGAAUGUAAUCCGGGGACUUAUUAGUUUUGUGCAGCCAAAAUUAAUGAGCAUAUUAAGACUUAAAUCGGUUAAUUCAGAUGUGGAGCGGUUUAUAAUGUCGGUGGUGAAGGAUAAUAUGGAAUAUCGUGAAAAAAAUAAUGUUAGCCGCAAAGAUUUCUUUCAAUUGCUUCUUCAAUUGCGAAAUAAUGGAACCGUUCAGUUAGAUGACAAGUGGGAAACGGUCAUUAAGGCAGACGAAAAGCAAAAGUCAUUGUCUGUGAAUGAAAUGGCCGCACAGGCGUUCAUCUUUUUUGUUGCUGGCUUUGAGACAUCAUCAACCACACUUUCGUUCUGUUUAUAUGAAAUUGUGAAAAAUCCAGAAAUUCAGAAUCGUGUAAUCGAAGAAAUUGAUCGAGUUUUGGAAGCACAUAAUGGACAAUUUACAUAUGAAUCAAUUUCGGAUAUGAAAUAUUUAGAAAGCUGCAUCGACGAAACUUUGCGGAAGUACCCGCCAUUGACCAUUCUGAAUAGAACCUGCUUGAGUGAUUAUAAGAUACCCAAUACAAAUAAAAUCAUUGAAAAAGGAACGGAGAUGUUUAUUCCAAUUUUUGGCUUGCAAAGAGAUGAAAAAUACUACGAAGAACCAAACAAAUUCGAUCCAGAUCGAUUCAAUGAAGAGAAUUCAGUAGGGAAAAAUCAAUCGAAUCGACCUUACUAUCCGUUUGGGGAUGGUCCCAGGAAUUGCAUUGGCAUGAGAUUGGGUAAAAUGCAAACGAAGGUCGGACUAGUUAUGAUGUUGCAGAAAUACAAAUUCGAAUUGGAGGACCGACUUAAAUCCGAUCGUGAACUUGAAUUUGAUUCGAAAUCAUUUUUACUCAAUCCAAUCGGUGGAAUCAGUUUUCAUGUAAAGAGACGUUGAAGUAUCUCCAGAAAUACUUUAUUGAUGAAUUAAUUGGAUGAGUAAUUGGUUCUCUUCAACAUUUUUACACUUAUAUUAUUUUUUCAUCACAAAAUCGAUAAUUGUAAAAAGAAUCAUUUACUUUUGAAACAACUCUCCAAGUGAUAAAAUGAAAUAAACUCAAAUAUAAAUCGUUA